AUGGUGGGUGAGUCUGCACCAUUUGAAAGAAAUGUUUCUGCCUCACAACGAGGACGAGGAAGAGGUAGAGGAAGAAAUCAAUUUGAAUCAUUUGCACAACCUGAAAUUCGCUCUACCGCAUGGGUGUACAAUUUAAAGACAAGUGAUGACUGUGAUGAUUCCGAUAUUAUAGUAGGUACUUUCCAGCUAUUGAAAAAGGUAACCCUGGAGAGUCCAGAAGGGAUAGAAGUAAAUGUAAUCAGUGAAAGAACUAAUCCUUUAGCAAAUAUAAUAUCAGCGAUGUCUGCAAAGAAAUUGAUGCUACAAGGAUGUCAAGUUUUUCUUGCAAAUGUAGUAGAUACAAGAGUUAAAGAGAAAUGGUUAGAUGAGAUUCUGAUAGUCAGAGAAUUUCCUGAUGUUUUCCCUGCGGAGGAGAGAGUCUUAGAAUUCUACAGCGGCAUCGGCGACAUGAGGUAUUCUCUAAUGAAAGCUGGCGUCAACUAUCAUAUAGUAGAAGCCUUCGAAAUCAACGAUAAAGCUAAUGAUGUUUAUCAGCAAUAUUUCGGUCAUCGACCUUAUCAGGGAAAUAUUCAGAACCUAACUGAAAUCGAUCUCAAUAGUUAUGGAGCAAAUGUAUGGCUUCUUUCACCUCCUUGCCAGCCAUAUACUAGACAAGGUCUCCAGAAACACUCUGCUGAUGCUCGAGCAUUUUCAUUUCUUAAUAUUCUUGAACUUAUACCACGCCUGUCAAAACCUCCUAAUAUGUUUCUUGUAGAAAAUGUUGUUGGAUUUGAGACUUCAGAUACUCAGGAAAAAAUGGUAGAAGUAUUGGCAAGAUCUUAUUUUGUUGUGCAGGAGUUUAUAUUGAGCCCUCUUCAAUUUGGGGUUCCUUAUUCUAGACCACGCUAUUUUUGCCUGGCAAAACAAAAACCUUUAUCUUUUCAGUGCCAACUGUUCAAUAACCAGCUUCUCUGGUCUCCGAGUCCGUUAUUCGGUAAUGAUGAAAAGACAGUGAUUGGUGAAAAUGGUCAAUCAAAAGAGAACUGGGAUAAGUUAAUUGAUUCUUGCCAGCCAAUAGAGAAGUUUCUUGAAUUUACACCUUCAAGUGAUCAACUGGACAUGGGGACCAUUUCUUUUGUGAAUACAGAUGAUUCAGCAGAUGUCCAGGAAACUUCAGAUAAAUUUGUUGAAGGAAAUGCAUGUGAUGUUGGUUCUAUAGAUCAGUUCAUUGUUCCAUUAAGUCUGAUUGAGAGGUGGGGAAGUGCCAUGGAUAUUGUUUACCCUGAUUCCAAACGGUGCUGUUGUUUUACGAAAAGCUAUUAUCGGUAUGUGAAAGGUACUGGCUCCCUUUUGGCAACUGUCCAGCCAAAGAACAAGGGAAAAACAUCUUCCUUGAAGGAGCAAAUGCCAUCGGCAUCUUCGGCAGCGGCAACGGCUGCUAAACUGGCGUCGUUUACUGCCAGCUUGGAUCCAGCGAAUCCCGUUGGGUUCUUGGAGAAGGUUUUCGAUUUCAUUGCGGAAGAGAGUGAUUUCCUCGUGAAAGAGAACGUCCAUAAGGAGGUGGCGGCGAUCGUGAGGGUUGUCAAGGAGAAGAGCAAGAAGAAGGAUGAAGAGGAGGCUCAGAAGGCGGAGAAUAAGACGGAAGUGGAGAAGGAAGAAAUGGAGGUCCAAAAAAAGGAGGACGCGAAGGAUGAAGAGACUAGCUCUGGCCCGAGAGUUCCAAACAAGGGCAAUGGUCUUGAUCUGGAGAAUUACUCUUGGACACAGACCCUGAAAGAGGUUACCAUUAGCGUUUCGGUUCCGAGCGGGACAAGCUCGAGGUUUGUCGUGUUCGAUAUUAAGAAGAAUAGUCUAAAAGUUGGGCUCGAGGGCCAGCCUCCUGUUAUCGAUGGGGAGAUGUUCCAAGCCGAAUCUGUGAAGAAACUGUUUGUGGAGUGA